GCCGCAAAGAGAGACAGCGCUGUGAACGGGGAGUCUCUAGCCGACGCCGCCUUCCAUCAUUGGUAAAUCUGCCAUCUCUGUCGCAGGACGACGCAUGGUCGUUACCACCCUCUGGGCGCGGCGUGGUGGGUAGUUAGCACCUCCCGCUACAUACCUUGGAACGACCCAAGGCUCGACUCAAUCCGACUGGUCGGCCCGAACACUUGCUGGCUCUCCUUGGACUGGGUGUAAAUAGCUUGCUUCCUGCAGGGAAAGACAACCAUGGCCCUUUUUAGAGGCACCAGGCGCUCUCUCGCCAAGGGCAGGGCCAUAACCGGGACCACGACAUUGACGCUACUCACUGUGUUUCUCCUCACCGCUCUCGCCCUGGUCCCGACCCCAACGGCGGCAGUGCGGCACCAUGAAUUCAAGACAUGCUCCCAGUCCUCCUUCUGCCGACGACUUCGACGGCUGUCGAGCUACGUUGCCUCCUUCUCGUCCGAGAAACAGGGCAACGGCCGCGACUUCCCUUCGCCCUACUCGCUGUCGACGGCGUUGCCGCUAUUGCCAGAGCAUAUGUCGUUCAACAUGACUUCCUCCACGCUCAAAGCACGUAUAUUCAGCGCCCUGUACCCGGACGAAGCGGUGUUCGAGCUGCAGCUACGUGUGCACGCGGAUGGCACGGCGCGUGUGCGCGUGGACGACGCACCUGGCAUCGAGACGCACAACGGCUGGAAGCGGUACGACGAGGCGCCGCUCUGGACCUUUGAGAAUGCACCUGAGCCGGCCGCUUUAGGCACGGUACAGAUAUCGCAGCCUCGUCCUGGCGUCACGGCGUUGCAGUGGCACGGGAUCGCUAACGCAAGCGACAGGCAGGAGCCGCCUACGUUCAUGGCCGAGGUGCAGCACGCGCCGUUCAAAGUCACGUUCCUGCGCGACGGCGCGCCGCAGAUCGUGCUCAACGACCGCGCACUGCUGCACAUGGAGCACUUCCGCCCCAAGCCCGAUUCCCUCCCCAGCAUUCAACCACCUUCCUCGAACGAUGAUGAAAAAGGCGAGCAAGGAGAAAGCGACGGCGAGGAUGUCAAGCUCGUUAUCCAGAACAGCAAGCGCGAUGUGCUCCUUUCGCGCGGAUACGCUGCAAGUGAUGCGGAAAAGUGGAAGGGCUUCGAGGUCGAAGACGAGGGUGAAUGGGAGGAGACCUUCUCCGGUCGACUGGACACGAAGCCAAAAGGACCCGAAGCGAUCUCGCUGGACAUUUCCUUUAUUGGCUACUCCAAUGUCUACGGCAUCCCCGAGCAUGCCUCUCCUCUUGCGCUGCGCUCGACGCACGGAAAGGCCGAGGAGGAUUACAAGGACCCGUAUCGGCUGUUCAACCUGGACGUCUUCGAGUACGAGCACGACAGCCCGAUGAGCCUGUAUGGCGCGAUCCCCGUCAUGCAUGCGCAAAAGAAGGACGAGGCAGUCAGCGUCUUCUGGCUCAAUGCCGCCGAGACAUGGAUCGACAUUCAGCGUGAUGUACCCUCCGCCUUCGCGCAUGGAUCAAAAGGUGCCGGCAAGGCCGGUAGCAGCGACACGCAGACACACUGGAUGUCCGAAUCCGGCGUGCUCGACCUCCUUGUGUACCUCGAGCCUGCGCCCUCGACAAACCUGGCGCUCUUCACCGCGCACACGGGCCGCACCGCCUUACCGCAGCUCUUUGCGCUCGGCUACCACCAGUGCCGCUGGAACUACCUCUCCACCGCUGACGUCCUCCAGGUCAACGAGCGCUUCGACAAGGAGGACAUCCCGAUGGACGUCAUGUGGCUCGACAUCGAGUACAGCAAGGAUCACAUGUACGGCGUUUGGAAUCUGGCAACGUUCCCGACGCCAGAAAAGAUGCUUGAAGGGCUUGAUGCCGUCGGAAGAAAGCUCGUCAUCAUCAUCGACCCGCACUUGAAGCGCACGAGAGACUAUUUCCUCUACGCAGAAGCGCAAGACCACAGCGUCCUGGUACAAAACGGGCCCGUUGCUGCACCAGCUACGCGUGGAGGCGAGGGCGGAGGCACCGGCGAGUACGAGGGCUGGUGCUGGUCAGGCAGCGCUUCGUGGCUGGACAUGUUCCACCCGUCCAGUUGGCAGUGGUACAAGGAUGUGUAUAAGCUGCCAGCCGGCGGUGCAGGCGGCAUCCAAGCCAAUGCGCGCAACCUGCACAUUUGGAACGACAUGAACGAGCCGAGCGUGUUCAAUGGCCCGGAGAUCACGUGCCCCAAGGAUGUCGUGCACUACGGCGGCUGGGAGAAUCGCGAUUUGCACAACAUCAACGGCGUGCUCUUCCACAACAACACUGCGCAGGCAUUGGUCGAGCGCGAGCUUGCUACUGGCGGCGAACGGCGGCGUCCAUUUGUGCUUUCGCGCAGCUUCUGGGCUGGCAGUCAGCGCUUCGGCGCCGUGUGGACCGGCGACAACCUGGGCGACUGGGAGCACCUUGCCAUCAGUGUGCCGAUGAUGUUGUCCGUCAGCCUCGGCGGCAUGUCCUUCGUCGGGUCCGACGUGGGCGGGUUCUUUGGCAACCCUUCGCCCGAGAUGCUCGUGCGCUGGUACCAGUCGGGUAUCUUCAUGCCCUUCUUCCGCGCACAUGCACACAUCGACACGAAGCGCCGAGAACCGUACUUGCUCGACGAGCCGCUGCGCUCGCACGUACGAGAUCUCAUCAAGCUGCGCUACAAGCAUCUCCCGGUGUGGUACACGGCGUUCAAGGAGAGCGCCGCGAGCGGCCUGCCGGUCAUUCGCCCACAGUACCUCGUCUUCCCUGGCGACACGAAAGGCUUCGACGUGGACGACCAGUACUACAUUGGUGACAGCGGCCUGCUCGUCAAGCCGCCCGUCGAGGAGAAGCAGGAGAACGUGCAGAUCUACAUUGCAGAUGACCAGCCGUACUACCACUACUUCUCGCACGGCGUCUACUACCCUGGCGCCGGCGGCAAGUACAUCACCGUCCCAGCGCCGCUGGACGGCACCGCCCCGCUCCUGCACCAAGGAGGCUCCAUCUUGCCGAUUCGCGAGCGCGAGCGGCGAUCUGCAGAGCUGGGCUCGAAAGACCCCAUCACGCUCAUCGUCGCGCUCGGCAAGCCGGCGAGCAGCGCACAAGGUAAGGCCCAGAGCCAGAACGAGCGUGCUACCGGCGUAUUGUACCUUGAUGACGGCCAGACGUAUGAACACGAGCGCGGGUCGUUCAUCUGGCGCCGCUUCAGUUGGCGCACCGACGCGGCUCAGGGGACGCACGUGCUCGCUGCGACGGACGAAUCUGUGCGGCGUGGGGCGUCGUCGGCGCCGCACGCGGCAAACGCGUUUGCGCAGGCGAUCAAAGACGUGCGCGUGGAGCGCAUCGUCGUGCUCGGCCUCGAGAAGGAGCCGCGGUCGAUCCGGCUCGUGCGAGGCGGCGGCAGCAACGGCGACGGCGACGCUGCACAGAGGUCGAUUCAGUGGAAGUGGUCGCGGGGCGCGACAGCAAGUAGCGGUAAGAAGCUCUCGUCGCUGCUGGGCGACAGCGAAAGCAAGGCGAGCGAGCUGGUCAUUAAAGAUCCCGGGGCACUCAUCACGGAGGACUUUGUCAUCGAGCUUCAAUGAGCGUGGGUGCGUGGUCACAGACGAAGCAUCUGUAGAUGUUAAUAUGGUCGCGCACAGAGUGUCUCGCGCUCUUCGCGAACGAAAGAAGCCAAAAGUGAAACUCCAUAAACCUUCAAAAGCAUCGGAUCGCAUGCAUCCAUUUUUUUCUCGUAGUAUUUUUUCGCUUACACGCGCAAGAACGAAAACGGAAGCAGGCGACCAUGCCGCUCAGGUUCGCUUCUUCUUGCCGGACGUUUUUGCCUUGU